GGCUGAGCGAGGACAAGCGAAACAGGCGCGUGUGCCCCUCCCAAUCGCCCCUCGCUGGGGAUGCUAUAUAACCGGCACCAGCUCACGGGCAUCUGCUAGUUGGAAAUUCACUUCGACACGCUAACAACAUGAACACCAUCACCGUUGUCGCCUUCUUCGGCCUUGUGGCCGCCGCCUGCGCCGGCUUCCUCGGUGGCUACGGCGGGUACGGCCACGGCCUUGGCUAUGGUCUCGGCUACGGGCACGGCGUCGCUGUGGCUCCAGUUGCCGCUGUCCACAAGACCGUCGUCGCUCCCAGCUACAGCGCCGGAGCUCAUUAUGGCUCCGUACACGCUGUGGGCCACGGCUACGGCCAUGGUUACGGCUACGGCGGCUAUGGUCUUGGCUACGGACAUGGCCUCGGAUACGGCCAUGGCCUCGGAUACGGUGUUGCUCUCAAGGGUGUCGCCGUUGGUCUUGGCUAUGGUCACGGAUACGGCCAUGGCUAUGGCUAUCAUGGUUAAGCGUUAUUUCUUUUGACGGUGAAGAUCGUUGUGGUAAAAACCAAGACAAUAAAGAAAUGAUGGCCACAGACGAAAAGGUAAGAACGCCACGCUUAUCUUUAACAGUCUUCAUCAUCAUUCGUUUGACUGGUGCGCUGUUUGUGCUAAUGAAAUUUCAUACACUAGGGAUCAUUGUAGUGAAUAUAAUAUGCAGACAUAUUCGGCAACUAGAAGACUAAGCUACAACCUAGUCAAGAGUUCCUGUAGUCAUUUCUACCACUUUAUUUAUAGUCGCAGAUAACAUCCACCAAUGUUACUCUUCUCACUCUAACAACUUUUUAUUUCAAGGAAAUAUAAGAUAAUGUUGCAUCGCUGACUAGAUUCACUUCCUCUAUUUAUUGGUCAUUCAGGCCACGUUUAGACAACGUAAAGCGCGUGCAAACACGCGGUGGAUGCAUUCGAAUUCCUUGCUAUUUAUCCUAACCUGAUGGAAAUAAUAAAAGUGUCCACUAUCUUGACGUGGGCAAUAGUUCCUUGUCCGCUCGUGCAAGACGGCCCAUCGUUACACAUCCAGCUCCAUUGGAAAAGUUACGAAUGAGUGCUUUGGAUCAUGCUUCUCUGCUCUCUGCUACAUUUACAGAUGGCACGCUUGUUGUUCUGUUUCUUCAAGCCACAGUUCGAAGCACGUAUACGUUGUUUUCGUUAUUUACAGGAGUGGAAAAUAGGAUCUUCAAAUUGGCACCAGGCGCCUCGUGGGACAAGUUUCGUCGUGCAGGAGAAGCAAAUGAAAUUAUAUGCGAUGAAAGAUA